AGACAACAAAGAUGGCAGCUGGGAGCAGCAAUUACUGGGAAGACCUGAGGAAACAGGCGCGGCAGCUGGAGACCGAGCUGGACCUGAAGUUGGUCUCCUACAGCAAGCUGUGCACCAGUUACAGUUGCCACGGAGAUGGGUGCGCCGCUCUUCUGGCCAGUCAGCAUAUGAACUGGAACUGGGGCUGAGGGCAAGAACCAAUCCAUGGGCAGAAGAGACUGCUUUCCAAUUUGUGGGGCUCCCGCUCAUGCUGCUCCAAACAGCAUCUGCUGCAGUCCUCUACUCAGGCCACAUGUGUCUGCUGACCCACUUGGACACCACACCCCUCUUGAAUGGCUCCAACCAAGACAGGAUGUUUAACACGAUGGGCGUUGAGAUUGAGCAGCUUCUGGUAAAGUUGACUGGCAUUAACGACAAAAUGGCCGAAUGUACCAGUGUGUCGGGCAUGACGUCACACAAUGCUGCGCUCAUGCAUACGCUGCAGAGACACCGAGACAUCCUCCAGGACUACACUCAGGAGUUCCACAAAACCAAGGGCAACUUCCUGGCAGUGCGGGAGAGGGAAGACCUACUGGGCUCGCUCAAGAAGGAAAUGGAGACGUACAAGAGCAGCUCAGGGAUAAACAACAGGAGGACGGAGCUUUUCCUGAAGGAGCACGAGCAUUUGAGGAACUCAGACCACUUGCUGGACGACACGAUAAGCAUUGCUAUGGCAACCAAAGAGAACAUGACAUCCCAGCGUGGGUUGCUGAAGUCCAUUCAGAGUCGGGUCAACACUCUGGCCAACCGGUUCCCAGCCAUCAACAACCUCAUCCAGCGAAUCAACUUACGGAAGAGGCGGGACUCCUUCAUUCUGGGCGGAGUCAUCGGAGUCUGCACCAUUCUCCUCCUGCUCUAUGCAUUUCACUGACAGAUUCCCCCGCGGUCGGGAAGGGAGCGGCUUUUUAACUUAUGUGACCAAAUUGGAUGGCUAGGGGUGUGGGUAUGCUACACUGCUAUUUUUGCUUUUGGUACCGGAGGAAGGCGAGCCCAGCCGAGCCCAAUGGGUUUCCCCAGACAGGAUGAGCUACAGGGGCCUGACAGCCUCCAGGUGGUGGUAGGGGGUG